UUUUGUAAUGCUUCUACUGUCUAUCCCAUCUUUACAUACAUUCUGUCAUUAUGUAGGAUGCCAAAGUAACCAUGCUAGGUGUGAUCCCGAGCAUUGUGAGAACAUGGAAAACUACAAAUUGUACAUCUGGCUUUGAUUGGUCAACCAUUCGUUGCUUUGGCUCCAGUGGUGAGGCAUCCAGUGUGGACGAAUACCUCUGGCUUAUGGGAAGAGCUCGAUAUAAACCUGUGAUAGAGUAUUGUGGUGGUACGGAGAUUGGUGGAGGCUUUGUAACUGGUUCCUUGCUACAGGCUCAGUCUUUGGCUGCAUUUAGCACAGCAGCUAUAGGCUGUAGCCUCUACAUUAUUGGCAAGGACGGAUUUCCUAUUGCAUCUGAUGUCCCUGGAAUUGGUGAAUUGGCCCUUGGUCCUCUCAUGUUUGGAGCAUCCAGCACGCUGCUGAAUGCAGACCACUACAAGGUUUAUUUCAAAGGAAUGCCUGCAUGGAAUGGAAAGAUCUUGAGAAGACACGGAGAUGUCAUAGAGCGUACUUGUAAAGGGUAUUAUCGUCCCCAGGGUAGAGCAGAUGAUACGAUGAAUCUUGGUGGUAUCAAGGUAAGUUCCCUCGAGAUCGAGCGCAUUUGCAAUGCUGUUGAUGUUGAUAUUCUAGAGACUGCCGCCAUUGGGGUGCCACCUGCUGGAGGUGGUCCUGAGAAGUUAGUAAUUGUAGUUGUCUUCAAGGAUUCAGAUGAAUCGAAACACAACUUGAACAAAUUGACGAUUUCCUUCAACUUGGCUCUGCAAAAGAAAUUGAACCCUCUGUUCAAGGUUUCCAACACUGUAGCACUCCCUUCCCUACCUAGAACCGCAACAAAUAAAGUUAUGCGAAGAGUUCUGCGACAACAAUUUUCAGAGGCCAACAAUGGAGUCACAUUGUAAUUUUUAUUUGUCUCUCAGUGUAUAGUUACUACACUCCCUCUGUUCUUUAAUUAAGAAAAUACAUGUUUCUUUCGAGUGAUAAAAUAUUAAUUACCACCUCUUGAAAACGAAUUGAACACUAUGAAAUUAGUCUAAUAGUUUUGUUUUCCUUCCAAUUGAUUUGGAGGAACAUGAAUCUCAGUUUAUUGUUGUGAAAAUUGGAGUUCAAAUAAAAACGAUUUAUCCCAAUGGUCCUGUA